AUGCAGUCGAUGGGUGACAGGACUCUAGCUGGUUUUUUGAGUGCAGAUUUAUCAAGUUUUAGUAAUGUACAAUCGAAAAAACAAUUUAAAAAAUCUUUUAGUGACAUGACAAAUAACUCGACUCACUCAAAAAAUAAUUCGACCAGCAAAAAAGAAGAUGAAACUGACCUAGCGCAAUAUUUUAAAGACAGUAUUAUAUCAUUUCCAAGAAAUGUAACAAGUCCAAAAAAAUCAAAUAGUCCACGAAAACCUGGUACUCCGAAAAAGUUAAACAGUCCAAGAAAGCCUAGAAGCCCGAAGAAAAAUAAUACGCAAAAGCCAGCUCUUGAUAUAAUUAUCGAAACCGUAAAACCAAAUCGUGUUAAAGAAAAUAAUAACUCGGAAAUUUUACACUCAACAGGUUCAAAAUUUUUUACCGAAACUGAAACUCCAGAUGGAUUGGAAGAAAAAAAUGAACCAGAUUGUCUAAAUGUGAGAGAAGAUUUAAUUGAACCAGAACCUUUAAAAGAUCAAGAUGAUUCGGAUACUGAUGACAUAUUUAACAUGAGUUUGGAACUUACAAGAUCAAGAGGAGUUGGUAACUCGAGAAGCCAAAAAAUGUUCCGUAAAGCUAAUCAAUUAAUUUUAAAUGAUAAUGAAAAACCAAAGAAUGACGUUCAAGUCUCACUUUUACAACGGUUAAGUAAUCAAUUAAGUCAAGAUCAUAUAGAUGCAAAAAUAAGCCCGUCAAGCAGUCAAGUAUCAGUUAGAAGUAAUGAUAAUAGUGAUAUAAAAUCUUUGAUAAAAUCACCGUCAAUUAUUUCGAGCCAAGAUCGUUUGAAAUUAGUUUACUGGGGUUUACCAUCAACUAUUUUACGACAAUAUGAAUCUCGUGGAGUAGUAAUGGUACGAGAAAAAAUGUACUACUUUCAAGAACUUUUAUCAGAAACUAGUAUUAAAGUUCAAGGUUUUAUGGGAGGUGUCCAUCCACAUGGAGGUUUUGCUGCAACUGAUUUAGCAAUUGCGACUAUUGAAAAAGCCAAUUCUUUGAUAAAUCAGCUUAUGGAAGAAAAAAAAUUAGAAACUCUUGGUGCAGUUGUAAUUGAUGAGUUACAUCUACUUGGUGAUCCUCACCGAGGUUAUUUAUUGGAGUUAUUAUUGACCAAGUUAAAAUAUAUGAUCUUAAAAGAAGAGCAUGUUCAGAUCCAACUGAUAGGAAUGUCUGCAACACUUCCAAAUCUUAGUUUGUUAGCAAACUGGCUGGACGCUGAGCUUUAUAACACCGAUUACCGACCAGUGCCACUGAAAGAACUUUGUAAAGUCGGUACUAAAAUUUAUGACAAUCAAUUGAAUAUUUUAAGAGAAUUAAAUCCAUAUUCAGAACUUCCUAAUGAUCCAGAUAAUAUUAUACAAUUAUGUUUAGAAACUGUUUUAGAUAGCCACAGUAUAUUGAUUUUUUGUCCAUCAAAAAACUGGUGUGAAAGUUUAGCAAAUCAAAUUGCCGCUGCAUUUUACAAAGUAGGAAGUGAGAAAUCCGAAUUAGCUGGUAAUUUACGUGAACAAUUAAGUAGAGAUGCAAUUAUAGAGAUACUUGAACAACUUAAACGUACUCCAGUUGGUUUGGAUAAAGUUUUGAAACAUACAGUGUCAUAUGGAGUAGCAUUUCAUCAUGCAGGGUUGACGAUGGACGAACGUGAUGUGAUUGAAGGUGCUUUUCGUACAGGAGCUCUGCGAGUCCUGACAGCAACGUCUACAUUAAGCAGCGGAGUUAAUUUACCAGCAAGAAGAGUAAUUAUUCGUACUCCGAUGUUUCACGGUAAAGUUAUUGAUACUCUGACUUAUAAACAAAUGAUCGGUAGAGCUGGACGAAUGGGUAAAGACACUGCCGGUGAAAGUAUUUUAGUUUGUAAACCAAUUGAACGGAAUACGGUGUCAAAUCUUCUAAAAUCUGACUUAAAACCUAUUGAAUCAUGUUUAGAAGGCUCUAGAUUAUUAGUUCGUGCUCUACUUGAAGCAGUGGCCAGUGAAGUUGCCUAUACAAUUACUGACAUUGAAGCCUACAUGGGUUGUACACUUUUAAAAUUUACAAAUGAUACGAGUCUAGUGGAAGAAAUGACCAAAGAAGCUAUUGAUUUUUUAGUUAGUAAUGAAUUAUUACUGAUACAACAAUCUGAUGGAGUACGUAGAUGGGUGGCUACUCCACUGGGAAAAGCUUGCUUAGCAGCUUCAGUACCACCAACAGAAGGAUUAUUUUUAUUUGAAGAACUUCAAAAAGCUCGAAGAUGUUUUGUACUGGAUACAGAACUCCAUGUGAUUUAUCUAGUGACCCCAUUUAAUUCAUCUAAUCUAAUCGGCCAAAUAGAUUGGUAUACGUAUCUAGAAUUAUGGAAAAAUAUUUCAGAGAGUGAGAGACGUGUUGGACAGCUUGUUGGAGUAAGUGAAGCCUAUUUAUUGUCAGCUGUAAAAUGUCAACCGAAACAAACCAAGACAUUGGACAUUCACAAACGUUUUUUCACAGCUUUGGCACUUCAUGAUCUUGUCAGAGAAGUGCCUUUACAUGUUGUUUGCAGAAAGUACGAUUGUGUCCGAGGUGUUAUUCAAAAUCUUCAACAGUCAUCUUCAACUUUUGCAGGAAUGGUCUCGCAGUUUUGUAAAAAGCUCGGGUGGAAUUGUAUUGAAUUGUUGGUCUCACAAUUUCAAACACGUCUACAGUUUGGAGUUUGUCGAGAAUUAUUGGAUCUUUUGCGACUACCAAUGUUAAAUGGAUUGAGAGCAAGAAGUCUUUUUAAAGAAGGUAUUACUACAGUAGCAGAGCUUGCUAGUGCUGAUGCAAUGGAUGUUGAGCGUGCAUUGUACAAAGCGUUACCAUUUGAGAGCGAGAAAGAACAAUGUGGCGAGCAUGAAACUGAAGCUGCAAGAAGAAGGGAAAUGAGAACUGUUUUCGUCACUGGUAAAGAUGGACUUACGCCAUGUCAAGCUGCUAUUAUGCUGGUUAAGGAAGCCAGAGCUUUGGUAGAGGCUGAAUUAGGAUUAGAACAAGUAGAGUGGAAUAAAAAGGAUCGGUCGAGAAGAGCAACUGGAUCUGAUUUAUCAAAAACAUUAUUAGAAGCAUCUCAAGUCAGCAAAUUAUCAGAGCCUGUCACUUUGUCUCGAGGUAAUUCUGAACUCAGUAGUGGCAGCAAUGUUUCAGAAAAUGCUUUGAUACCUUGUGCACAACCCGAAAUUCAAUCACAAGUAAUGAAUCCAAAUAUUGCUCAGGAGGAAGAUCAAGAAAAUAGUAUUGAAGACGACUUUGUGUUACAAAUUAACACUCCAGAUGUUAUUGAAGAUAUAACCGACGAUGAAGAAAACAAUUUUGAUCAACAAAUUAGUCAAGAAAAAACACAAGAAUCUGUUCCAGAAGAUGUUAUAGAAUCAGUUACAACUCCCAGUUCCUUGGUAACUUCAACUUCAAAUCGACGACAUUCAUAUUCACAGAGUCCUAGUUUAUUUGGCGAUAGUCUAAUCUUAGAUACACAAGAAUGCAAUCUUUUAGAUCAAAAUAUUGUCGAUUUAGAUAAUGUUGUGUUUGAUGAUACAAAUUUUUCUGUUGAUCAAGCCUCCAAAGGACAAAAAACAGAAGCAAGUACAAGCAAAAUCAAAUUAAAUAAGUCUGAAGAGCUACGGAAUGCAGAAGGAUCUCAAGUAACUUAUAAGUCAUUAAUAUGGAAUGAAGAUACUUGGAACUCUACGAGAAUUUCUUAUGAUGCUAAUAAACGUCUGCAAAAUCAAUUAGAUUUGUCAAAAACCUGUAGAGAAUCAGCGGUACAAAUUUUGAGACAAAAAAAAUCAAGAGACUGCAAUGAAAAUCGUACUCCGAAGAGGAAACGGUCUACUGAUUUAGAUAAAUUACAUAUAGCUGCUAAACGAAAGUACAAUUCUCCUACUGCUGAAAAAUCACCGAUAGCUAGUUUAAUUACUUAUGAAACUAACCGAAGACGAUCAACGGGUUCAAAUAAAUCUGAAGAUGACAUUAUUAGUCCUUCACAAACUAAGGAGUCUUUUGGGAUGAAUAAAAAAAAUCACUCAAAAAUAAAAAUAAUGUCCUUGAGAAAUCGUACUCAAAAAAAUAUUCAGGUAAUUGAAACUUCUAAUAUUAAUUUGCGAUCAAAAAACCAAGCUGAUAUAAAUUUAAUACCGACUACAUCUAAAUCUAAUCAAAUUCAAGCAGAAGUUCAAGUUCAUAAUGCGGCUGAUUCUGAGGAUGAUGACAUGUUUUUGUGCGAUGAUUCACCUUGCGUUGCUCCAAUUGUAAAGAAAAAUAUUCCAACAGAAACUACUUACUUAGUUGCUGAAAAAUCAAUUCCAUCUUCAGUGCUAAAAAGCAAAAGUGAAAAAAAUUUUGAUAAAAGAUCGCUGUUAAAAGAAUUAUCAAUUGUAAAUAUAUCUGAUAAGGUAAAAUUUAGUGAAUUUAAAAGUGAAAUUGAUAACAAGGAAGAAAUCGCGCUGGCGCUAGCAUGUGAAAUAUUUUCCCAUAAUAAUGUGGGUAUUGGAACUAAAAUAAUAAAUUAUCAAGCUUAUCAAGAUUCUAAAAAAAGAAUAGAAUAUACUGAUGGAGUUAGUGACAAUAGAAAACUUUGUGGAGUAGCAAUUACUUGGGGUGGGCAUAUUUACUAUCUUCCUUUUGAAAAUGUUCGUGAAACUAAUUGUAUAUCAGUGAAAGAACGUAUGUCAUUGUUAUCAAAAAUAUUAUCAACAAGUAAAUUAACUGUAAAAUGCUUCAAUCUCAAAGAAUCUUACAAAAUGCUGUACAAAUGCUGUGGAGUAACACCUUCAUGUAAAUUUAUUGAUAUAAUUACCUCAAAUUGGUUGUUAAAUUCUCACAUCACUUAUAAUAAUUUUGAGGAAUUAGCUAAAGAACAUUUACCUGAAAGUAAAAUCCAUUUAAAUAACAUCAAGCGUACUCCAAAUAAUACUGGACCGGGGCUGAAUGUCAGAAGCGAAGUACCAAGUAAAAUAAGAGCUGGUACUGAGGCUUUGCUGAGCUGGUUUCUUUUAGAUGGUUUUCAAGACAAAUUGAUAACGCAAGACCCUGUUUUACUAAAUACCUUCAAGGAAAUAGAGAUGGGAACAAUACAACUGCUGGCUCGUAUGGAAUUAACAGGAAUGGGAAUAAAUCAUCAGUCUCUAGAAGGAUUAUCAAAAGCUAUUAUUGAUGAAAUGUCACAGCUUCAAGGUCAAAUCUAUCGAUCAAUUGGAAAAAGUUUUAAUUUUUUAUCCUCUCGAGUUGUUUCAGAAGCUCUUGGCUUGAAUAAAGGCAAAAAAGCUUGUGCUAAUAAAGCAGUCCUCGAGCAAUGCAAUCAUCCAGUAGCUAAGAUGAUUAUUUAUUGGCGAAAGUUAAAUACCAUUCAUGUAAGAAAUAUUUGUCCUUUGCUACAACAUGCCGAAGGAUCCAACAGGAUACAUGGAAACUGUUACACCACAACAGAGACAGGCCGAAUUUCUAUGCAUGAACCGAAUCUUCAAAAUGUUCCUCGUGACUUCAAUGCACCUGAUAACAGUAAACUUUUCAGUAUCCGUACUGCUUUUAUUCCAGCGUUGGGAAACAUUUUGCUGUCUAGUGAUUACUGUCAAUUGGAAUUACGAAUAUUGGCACAUUUUUCCCAGGAGCCAAAACUCUGUAGCGUCUUGAAGAAGCCCGGAGAUGUAUUUAAGAAUAUUGCAGCACGUUGGUACAAUACAACUGAAUCAAGAGUUGAUGAUACAAUGAGGCAGAGAGCUAAACAAUUGUGCUACGGAAUGAUUUAUGGAAUGGGAAUAAAAACACUAGCUGAAACGCUUCAAGUAAACGAGACCGAAGCUCGAGAAUUCUUAGAGACUUUUAUGGGUGCUUAUCCUGGAAUUAAAAAAUGGCUAGUUGAAGCUCUUGAAGAAGCUAAGAAACAAGGAUACGUUACGACACUACUGAAACGCCGAAGAUUAUUGCCAGAUUUGAACAACGAGUCAUCAGCGCUGAGAGCUAAAGCUGAGAGACAAGCUAUUAAUACGAAAAUUCAGGGUUCUGCAGCGGAUAUUGCCAAAAAAGCGAUGAUUCUUAUUGAUGAAAGGUUAAAAAAAGAAUUUCCUGAUAUGUUGAUGGUUUUUUCUGGAACAGAUGCUAAGAGAAAACUCAGACGUAGUAGAGACACUUCACCAAGAGGCGCUUAUUUAGUUCUUCAACUUCACGAUGAGUUAAUUUAUGAAGUUAAUGCGGGCGAUCUUGAAAAAGUAACGAUAAUUAUCAAAGAGUCUAUGGAGCAUGCUUGUUCAUUAUCUGUACCCUUGCCCGUUAAAGUUAAAGUUGGAUCUGCUUGGGGUGAAUUGAAAGAAUACGAGUUUGAAACUUGUUAA